CACCACUUGACCCUGCACCAUCUUCGCCUAACACUUGCUGUUACUCCUAAAGUGCAUGGAAUGACGGAUUACAGGAUAACACCGUCGAUGAAUCUCUGGGGCUCCGACGAGAACCCCUCGGUGAUAGACUCCUUCAUGAAUUCGGAUCUUACCACUUUCUGCUGGCCGGGGCCUCCUGCGGCGCAGGCGCAGCAUCAGCAGCCGCAGCCGCACUCGGCGGCCUCCACGUCUGCGGACCCCACGAAGGCUCUGGUGCAGUCGCAGCCGUCUGUGGCCAUGUUCAACCAGGAGACGCUGCAGCAGCGGCUUCAGGCGCUGAUAGAAGGGGCGCGGGAGAGCUGGACCUACGCUAUUUUCUGGCAGUCUUCGUAUGACUACUCUGGCGCGUCGGUGCUGGGAUGGGGAGAUGGGUACUACAAAGGCGACGACGACAAGUCGAAGGGGAAGGGGAAAACGAAGACGUCGUCGGUGGCCGAGCAGGAGCAUAGGAAGAAGGUGCUGCGGGAGCUGAACUCCCUGAUCUCGGGGUCGGCGGCGCCGGCGACGGACGAAGCGGUGGACGAGGAGGUCACAGACACCGAGUGGUUCUUCCUGGUGUCGAUGACCCAGUCGUUUGUCAACGGCGGGGGACUCGCCGGGCAGGCGUUCUUCAGCUCUAGUCCGGUUUGGGUCACUGGGGCGGACCGGCUGGUCGCGUCGACGUGCGAGCGGGCUCGCCAGGGGCAGUUGUUUGGGCUCCAGACCAUGGUGUGCAUACCCUCCGCGAACGGCGUGGUGGAGCUGGGCUCCACCGAACCCAUCUUCCAGAGCUCCGAUCUGAUGCAGAAGGUGAGGGUUCUCUUCAAUUUCGAUAGCCUGGAAAUGGGUGGGUCAUGGGGUAUUACCGAUCAGGGCGAGAACGACCCGUCAUCGCUCUGGCUCAACGAUCCGACUCCGACUCCGCCUGCGGCGAUUGAGAUCAAGGACUCGCUCAAUAACACUACUGUUCCAUCAGUUCCGGGCACCACCGCAAACAACGGGCUUCAGAUUUCGAAGCCGAUUCAGUUUGAGAACCCAAGCUCCAGUAGCUUGACCGAGAACCCGAGCGUGAUUCAUGCCCAGAGCAGCCACCAGACGCGCCACCAAUCGCAGACCCAGAGCUUCUUCACCAGGGAAUUGAACUUUUCGGACUAUGGAUUCGAGGGUAGUAGUGUUGUAAAGAAUGGGAAUUCACAUUCAUUGAAGCCCGAAUCCGGCGAGAUAUUGAAUUUCGGGGAGAGCAAGAGGAGCUCCUACGUUUCGGGUCAAUCCCAAUUUCCGGCAGAGGCGGAGGAGACGAAUAAGAAGAAGCGUUCGCCGGCGUCGAGGGGUAGUAACGAAGAUGGAAUGCUAUCGUUUACGUCGGGUGUCAUUUUGUCGAACACUUGUGUGGUGAAGUCCAGCGGAGGCGUCGGAACCGGCGAUUCCGACCACUCAGACCUUGAGGCAUCGGUGGCGAAGGAGGCCGAUAGUAGCAGGGUGGUCGACCCAGAGAAACGUCCCCGAAAACGGGGUCGAAAGCCGGCGAACGGCCGUGAAGAGCCUCUGAAUCACGUCGAAGCAGAGAGGCAGAGAAGAGAGAAGCUCAACCAGAGGUUCUACGCGCUCCGAGCCGUGGUUCCCAACGUCUCGAAGAUGGACAAAGCGUCCCUUCUCGGCGACGCGAUCCUGUACAUAAACGAGCUGAAAACGAAGCUCCAGGGCACGGAGUCUGACAAGGAGGACUUGCAGAAGCAAUUGGAGACGUCGAAGAAGGAAUUGGCUAGCAAAGACCCGCGCUAUUCGGCAUCCUCUCCCCCGCCUCUGCCGUCCGAUCAAGACCCAAAGACGUCGAGAUUGAUAGACUUGGACAUCGACGUGAAGAUCAUCGGAUGGGACGCGAUGAUUAGGAUCCAAUGCAGCAAGAAGAACCACCCAGCUGCGAAGCUCAUGACGGCUCUGAUGGAGAUGGACUUGGAUGUGCACCACGCCAGCGUAUCGGUGGUGAACGAUUUGAUGAUCCAACAAGCAACGGUGAAGAUGGGUAGUCGGUUUUACACGCAGGAGCAGCUCAGGCAAGCGCUCUCAGCCAAAGUUGGGGAUUCCCGAUAAUUUUGGGAAAGCAAGCGAAAGCCCGAAUAAGAACAACUGUGGAAAGGCAGAGAGAUUCAUUCUUUGCCAGUGGGUGUCGGCGCUCUGGGACAUUUUAAGGUUCCCUGGAGCUGAGAGAGCAGCUCUGUAAUAUACACUGUUCUGUAUUUUUGGUAGUCUAUUCUCUGUUAGUGUAAUUUGUGUUGAGAUUAUUGUUCUUCUUUGUUCUUCUGAGGAGCUCAAACUAGUGAACAUUUUUCGACUUCCAAGGAGAUGGGAGGUGUUGUAUAGCUCCCCCAUCAUGCUGAAAAUAGCUUCUUCUUUUUUCUUUUUCUUUUCUUGUUGUUUAUAUGUAUAUAUACAUAUGUAUGUCAGUAUUCAGUCAAUUGGAACCUCAUCAAGUUGCUGGGUUUA